GAAACGUCGUCGUCGUCGUCGAUUCGUGAGCUGUUGUCUGCAUACUUCCAUCGCAGCAGUUAUCGACGCACGCAGUGAAAACGUUUUUAUUAUUUGCAAUUUUUGUAAUUGUCCUGUGGAUGGCAUUGUGAAUUCUAUUGUUCGUCAUCGCAAGCCCGAAGGAACAAUAGGAAGCGCCUGUAUUGUGUUUCCCCUACCAUCUUUGUUCGGGCGGAAGGUGACUGAAAAAGCUUUUCUUCGUUUUAUUUCUGUGCGUUUUUAUCGGUGUGUGCGGUGGUGCUGUGCGCGCGUACGUGUGUGAACUGUCAAACUGAAGAGAAAAGCUGACAAAAAAUAGAAAAUGUGUGCUGUGUAGUGUGCAGAGAAGAGCAGAAGAAAAGGCCACCACCAUCGGAAGAAAGGAAUUUUUGCUACUCGCGUUUGUGGUUUCGGGUGGAAAUGUCCGUAAUUUAAAUUCGAUUUGUUCCGCUGCGACCAUUUCCCGUUGUAAUUUUUCCGUCUCGUUUCGCGAGGAGACUCCAGUGCGGCAGACGAAACAAAGGUGACCGCUAUUCCGGAUUCAGUCGGCGGAACGAACGAACGAACAAACGGCGCAGUUCUCGGACAGGCUCACUAGCUGGCUUUUGUUGGCACGGCCAGGCGUCGGGACGCGGUCGAACUUGAAAAAAUCAUCUAUUUUCGGAAGUUGAAAUAAACUACGCGUAAUAGGAUUCCUCGCCCGAGAGCCGUCUGUGCGAAGGUGGAAGUAUUGCGUGUGCGAGCUGCUUGACCAAAAAACAACAUGUAAUGCAAUAUUAGAGCACGCCACGACGACACACAAAUGCCGUUCAAUCAAAGACAAACCGAUUGCAAUAAUCGAUAUCCAUUUAGAACGGACUGUGCAAGUAUUAGGUGAACGUAAAACGUGUAUGUGUGUAAAUCCUUCCGGAGAUAAGAAACGAAAAUAAACUAAAUAGAAACAGUAGACCUAAUAUAUUGCCAAACACGCGCGAACCACGAACCACGAAAAUGAAAUUUUCCGGUAACAAUCCAGUGCUAUUCUGCGAGCAGGUAGGCACGGUGACAUCUUUCUUCGAACAAUGGAACGACUGCGAGCGGACGGUCGUUCUGUACGCGCUGCUGAAGCGCGUUCCAUUUGCCAACCUAAAGUUCCUGCAGUUGUCGAUCGACUACAAUCUUGCCCAGAACUACAGCUCCCAGAGCAAGCUACAGCACCUGGAGACCAAUGCCAACAAUGCAAUUUUUUUGAACAAACUCGUCCAACGAUACCAGGCCACCUGCUGUGUGGCUGCGCCGGGUACCGGUGAGACGGGUGCAAUCGUUAACAGUAAUCACAACAAUAACAACAGCAACAUUGCCAACAAUAAUUUGACCGCCAAAGAUCCGGGAUACACGGAUUUAGAGAAGAAAAACUCCGCCUAUGAUUUGACGUCCACGUCCUCGUCCUCCUGUUCGUCCACAUCGGGCACAUCGUGUGGUUCUGCGCCGUCGAAAACUAUCCUAGUGCCACCAUCUUCGACGGCUACUUCCCUGGACAGCAACAACAUGGACAAAGCAGCGACACAUCCCAGAAGCAAACAGGCCGAAGCCAAGAAGAAUAUCUUGAAUGAUAUGCUGGUCUAUCUGCCGCUGCUGAAACCUGGCAACGAUGACGUGAAGGGUGUGUACAUGUCGCUCAUACCGGCCGCCGUCGAGGAUGCCUGCCAGCAGACGGUACCGACCGAGCUGGUGCAGCACAUACUGUCCUACUUAUUAAUUCACCCUGCGGUGAAUAAUGAUGAUCGAAGAUCUCUAAGCUACUGGUUACGCCACCUGGAGGAACACAUUUCUUCCUCAUACGUCCCGACAACGCUUACCUCAUCAACGGUAGCAGCAACGGCCACCAGUGGCGGCAACAAGGGUUGCAUCAACAACGCUUCAAGCAAUAGUAACUACUUUAAUCUUGCUUCGGCUGCUGCAGCCGGUGCAACGGCACCGCAUGGCCAACAUCAACAGCAGCAGCAGCAGCAGUUUGUUGGUGGAUCCAACAAUCCGGCUGCCAAAACCGGUAGCCAACAAUUCCUCGCAGCCGGCACCUGGCACCAUUCGGCGCCACCUCAGCCGUCACAGCAACAUCUUCAAACCAGCGCUGGUACUGGUGGUUGCAAGCAACUGUCCAGCCAGCAGCAGCCGACACUUUCGUCGGUUAGCAUUUCUACUUCGUCGCUGUUGUCUAAGUCCCAGCAGAGUUUGAAUCAGCCUAGCAGCAGCAGUACUUCCAGUUCUAGUUCCUGUCUUGAUAGUACUGUUUCACAGCUUCUGAAGUCGACCAACAUGUUGGUCAACCUAGAAUGGACACCGGAAACUCCCGGAGCAGAGGACGGUGGCGGGGGAGCUAGUCAGAGUACUGCUAACUCUGCUGGAAGUAUGGAAACUAUCACGAUUAAAGAGUUUGUGCCGGUCACAUAUGGCUUUCACUCGGCGUCAACGGGUAACGGUGCUAGCAAACCGGUAGUGGGCAGUACCAUUAACAAUAUCAGUAGUACCAACAGUGGCAGCAAUAGUAGUAGCAAACAACACAGUUUGAUCGCUUCUUCUAGUCAACAACAGCCCCAGGGAGGUUUUCUGGGCAGCAGCAGCGUCGUCAGUGGCAACACUCUCAACGGAAACAGCGCCACCCUAACUCUGAACGUAAACGGAAGCCUCAGUCAUGGCGCAGUGGUUCUGGCCGAUCUGGACUCUAGUGAUGAUAACCAUUUAAGCUUCAGCAAAAAUGGAACGGAAAUUUUCGACUACGAUUGUGAUUACGACAAUGAGGAAGAGUUUAACUUUUUAGCUCGGGCAGCGGCUGCGGUGGCUGCUUCCACCGCUGGGCCAGUAUCGGCUUCCAGUAAAGGGCCUGUUUCCGGAACGCAAAAUGCGGCUGGUUCCGCGAUUGCACCAGGAGCGGCUGCUCCUGGCAGUGGCAACUGCAAAAAUCGUGUCUCGUUCGAUGCUAAUAUUAAUGAUUAUUUGAGGGUUCCUCCGAUUGCGGUGAACGACUUUGACAUAGAUGGAAAUGGCCUGUUGAAAACCCGUCGAUCCAACAGUUUAACUACUACGGUUAGCAGUGUUUGUGGGCUUUCGGUUGGGGAGCUUCAUCAGCAAAAACAGAGCAAUGAAUGCCUAUCGGCAGAAAACUUGACCAAUUUGCAACUUCUGCAGAAUAAACCACGAAGCUUUUCGUUGACCAUGGAAAGUCCUCGCUCAUCGCUGACUUCAAGCGGUUCGGAAACCCGGCUGGACGAUUUUAAGCAGCAUCAAAUGGUGAAGAUGUAUGGUCAGCCGAACGUCGGUAUGUCCAGCAUUGCUCAUUGGCUGAAAAGUUUACGACUGCACAAGUAUGUGUGGCUGUUUUCCAAUUUAACCUACGAGCAGAUGAUGGAGAUGACCGAAGAGUAUUUGGCGAGUCUGGGUGUCACCAAGGGGGCCCGCCACAAGUUGGUUAUUUGCAUUCAGAAGUUAAAGGAACGUUACGAAACGCUGGUGCGAAUGGAGAAAGAACUGCUGGCCAGCGGAGCAACCAAGAGUCAGCUGGGUACAGUGUUCGAUGAGCUGACUAAUAUCGUGCUGACUCCGAUGAGACCGUCCGGGCUUGAUCCGAGCGAAGAUAUUGCCGGGCAGUUUAUGAAGCUGAUGGAUUUGAUUGCAUCCUUCCUACUGGUGAGAUCGGUUUGUGGAGUUCAGGAUGAAGAAUACUUGAACAUCUUUAUCUGGGUGCUGGAGCGGGCUUUGCAUAAUGACGCUUUUGCUUCGCACGCGAAUCAGAUUAAAGAGUACAAGUAUAAGGCCAACAAAAUCAAAAUGCAGUUCACUCCGAAGGCUCACUAUGCAAAGAAUGCCAACAUUAACGGAAACAUCAACAAACCGAGGUGGAGCGUGGUGAACAAACAUAAACCGAACAACCCGAACGAGCCGCAACACCAGAAGACACCUCAUCGCAAGAGUUCGUUGCAGUACUUCAGUUCACCGAUGCAGCAGCAGCAACAACAACAGCAACAACAGCAGCAGCAGCAACAACAACAACAGCAAUCCCAAACACCUCAACAGCAGCAACAGCAGACAAACACGUCUUCGUCUCACAGUCAUCUUCAAGCAAUUCCACAUCAGUACUAUGGUGGCGGCGGAGGAGGUCACGGAUCCUCCAACGUCGGUACCGGUCAUAAUAACAACUACAACAAAAGUUCGUCCUAUCCCAACUUCGCUUCCAACUUGACCGGUAGUGGUAAUGGAGGUGGUGUCACCGGUGCUGCGGGCGCUUCCGGCGGUAACAUUAAGCAACAUCAUUCCCAGCCGCACCCGGUGCAGGGUUCUCAACAGCAGCAGCAGCAGCAGCAGCAGCAACAUCAACAUCCACAGCAGGUGCAGCAACUUCCGCAGCAAACACACGUUAAUCAUGGUAACUUUAUGUAUCAUCGGCAUUCGUUAAAUAACAUUUCAGGGCACCAACAUCAACAUCAACAGUUUCUUCAGCAACUUCAAAACCAAGCGCAACAGCAACAGCAAGUGCAACAGCAACAACAAGCGCAGCAGCAAUCACUCAUUCUACCCUCGAUUUACUCAAGUUCGAUAGGCACGACGAAGGUCAAAUCCAGUCAAGCGGCGGAAUCAGUUGGAAUUAAAGAAAAGUCGGGCCCGAAGGCUGCUGCGGCAGCAGAUCUGGUUGCUAGCAAAAGCCAGACUAACAGUAUCGGCGACAUCAACACUCGGCUGGAAUUUCUCUGCUUGCAAAUGACCGAGCAGGCCAUCAACUAAAUUACGACGGCGGGUUGUUUGGGGUGGUAAAUAGCAUUGUAUUUUUAGUGGUCAUAGUUGUAACAGCAGCAAUUGUUAGAAUGUUGUUUAGUUUAGCGGAAUCGCGCGGAACAAUGUGCGGACAUUCGUCGUCUCGACCCCGAAGCUAAAAAUUAACGAAAUUGUAAAAAAAAAAAGGUUGGCAAUCUUUACUCCCGGUGAGGAAAGAAUUGCUUGCUGGUCCGAUGUGGUGGGUUUGCGGAAGGGGUCGGAUAUGUCUGCGCAUAUCAUCGACGACGACGAAAGCCGGUAGUUUUUCAAUUUUCGACGCUCUUGAAAUUAUUAUGCUUCACAAAACAAGAAAGGAACUAAAAAUUCUUAGCAAACAGACAAAGAAAAAUCUAUUUCGAAUAUCUAUAUAUCUAUUUAACACUUUCAAAAAUUAUACAAAAAAAACGUAAAAUGUUGAUAUGUCCCAUUGGAGUAAACUUUGAAAGUUUUUUCUGUUUGUUUUAGCUUUUGAUUCUAGCUAGACCAAGGCAGCAACAAGUAAGUGUGGGCACAGGGGAUUAAUUGAGUAAGGAGAAAAGGACGAAAUUGACGAGUGAUAGAUAGAGAGUGACAGAGAGUUAGACUAGUAGUGAGUGCAGGGAAAAACUAUUUCCACAAAAGCGGGUAUUUGAAAGUGGUAGUAUUUUCGUUGUAAUUCGUUUCCUUUUUUAAUGUUUUUUGUCCAUCUAAAUUUCAGGAAAUUUUAUUAUUUAUACAUUUACAUGAUUGCACUCGCAUGAAACGAAAUAUAAUCACCGGACUAUUAUCUAAUUGGAUGUAGGAAAAGAAUGAGCUCUUGGGUUUUUACUAACGUACUGUGGGAGGGUGGUAAUAAAACAGCAAAAUAGGAAAUAUUGUAAUCGAUCCGGGCUGUGAAACAGCGGGUAAAGUUUCUUCUUAUCACGAUUUUGCUUUCGGUGAUAGUUUGAAAACCGAGAAACCGUGCCACGAUGCAUGCUAUUUAUCAAAUGCAGAAUUGGACUCAAACUCGAGGGCUCUUCCGGGAUGGAAAAUGCUAGAAUUUCGAACCAAACAACAUGUUUAGAUCCUGCGGAAUAUUGCGAAUUGUUUAAAUCCGAAGCGAAAAGUAAAUUACUGUUAGAAAAUUCCAUAAACCGCAAAAUAACGAAACGAAACAGAAAUGUGAUUGUGAUUUUGUUCCCUUAGGAAUCAUCAUGUGUACUAUUUUUUUAUGAAACAUCGUGGCAACUCUUAUUGCUCACCACUUAUGAACAAAAAAAAAACUAUUAUUUAUUUGAGCACGAAAGUCGAGGAGUACACAAAAUUGUAAAACCUGUUCGCACCUGUACUAAUCUUAUAUCUCAUAGAUGUGUCAGUUUACUUGUUAAAUAAUAAAAAAAAUCAAAGAUGCAACCUUUUGAUGGUUAAAGGAAACCCAUAAAUCAGAAAAAAAUAUAUUUUUUGUGCAUAUUUUAUGUCCCGUCAAAAUUUUCCGCUUACUACGCGUAUAUAAAGCAAGUCUUUCAGUUUCGGUGGAAGCAGAAAACAUUGAGUUGUAGAAGAGUUGUAUCCAGACACAGAAAAAAAACUCUCACUUUGAACGAUACCCUGCCACGCGACCUUAAAGGAAGUAAUACGUUAAGUUGUUUAAUUGUAGAUCAAUCAAACACGCAGCAUGUCAUCGCUAGAAAAUAAAGUGAAGGGAAUGAAAAUGGCAUUGUUAUAUAUUUAAUAAAAAAACAACACAAAAGAAAACAAAACACAUUACAAUACCUACAUUUUUCUUCUGUUCAAUUUCCUUAACGCUAUUCGCGGAGAAGUUUGCAAAGAAGUAGUGCGAUGCACCUAUAGCGAUUCUAGUGUAUAGAUAUUCCGUGCGCCAAAACAAGCAGAUCUCUGUAGAAGAAAAACGGAUAUUUUUCUCUCGAUUUUUGUAGUCAGCAACCAGCAAACAGCAGACAGUAACAGUAAUGGUUUAAAACAAAAAUAUGAACAUCCUUCUUCGCUGUUCGAAAUCAAAAACGCCAGCGCUCCCCUUAAGUAGUGCAUACUUACCUAAACUACAUCAAGUUAUCUAUAUUCUGGAUUGUACGCGAGAAAACAGAAAAAACAGAAAGAAUAUCCGAGAGCGAGAAAGAACCUAAGGAAAAUACCAACAAGUUUUAUGUAGUGGAGUUUUUAUUGCGAGACAAAAGGAAUAAAACAAAUCUAGUAAUGGAAAAUAUUUAUU